AUGCGAGGACACGGUGAAGUGCAGAAUGAAAUGCGUGUGUGUGCGUGGAAGAAAGAGCACAUUCAGGUGCAGAGUAAAUGGGGCACAGGCGAACAAACAUCAAUCAUCCGAAGUGGCAUUCGAAAGUGGACUGGCACAGAAGUGGACUGCAAAUUGAACGCCGCGCCUUCGACGCCUGCACAUCCUGACCGCUCUCCAAAACCUGGCAGAAAUAGAAGCACGACACUUCACGUCACCACUGUCGUCACCUUCCACAGGAGCAAAUCUCGAAGUAACUUCGCACGUGACAGCAUCCACGCGGCAUAUUUCCCCACGCCUCGUCCCCUUUUCGCACACUAG